CUGUUUCUCUCUUUACUCACCGAAACUUGACUAUCAAAGGCUCUAGGAGUUGCUUAGUUCCUUCUUUCUUUCCUUCCCAUAUGAAGACAAUCACAGCCAAGAGCCCCCACGAUUCUUCUUUCUCCUUCUCCAGGAGAUAUUUCAACUGGAAAAAGAAGGUGGAAGAUGAUGAUGACAACGAGGAAGAAAUCCUAACCUUCAGCUCCUCCUCGCAUUUUUGUGAGGAAGCUAAGGAAGCAGAGGAGCUCCGAAUCCCAGUGGCCAGUCGAGUUUCUUUAGUUCCACCACCAAGAAAGAAGCUUCCAAUUGUGUCAGUUUCCAGACUUCGGUCGGCUCUCAGUGUGUUUGGGAAGAAUACAUCAGCAUAUCGUUCAGGUUUAGGCACCAGAGUGGUAGGAACCCUGUUUGGAUAUCGGCGUGGUCACGUCCACUUUGCAUUUCAAGAAGAAGCAAAAGUAAGUCCAGCAUUUUUAAUCCAACUUGCAACACCGACUAGUGUUUUAGUUCGGGAAAUGGCUUCUGGAUUGGUUCGAAUUGCCUUAGAGUGUGAAAAGACGAUGGGGAAGAAAGGGGUGAAGUUGCUGAAUGAGCCUGUUUGGAGGACUUACUGCAAUGGAAAGAAAUGUGGGUUCGCAAUGAGGCGCGAGUGCGGAGCCGAAGAGUGGAAAGUGUUAAAGGCGGUGGAGCCAAUUUCAAUGGGUGCGGGUGUGCUACCAGGAAACUGCAAUGACAAUGGAGCUGGGUCCGAAGGUGAGCUGAUGUACAUGAGAGCCAAGUUCGAGAGGGUUGUUGGGUCUAAAGACUCGGAAGCCUUUUACAUGAUGAAUCCUGAUGGUUCCGGAGGCCCUGAGCUCAGUGUUUACCUGCUUAGAGUUUAGUUAUGCGUUUUUGGAAAAAGGAAAGGAUCUUUUGUUUUGGUCCACAACUGCGCUUUAGAUUUUGUUGUUAAGCUAUGAAGACGUGCGUACAGUGGAGGUUCGGUUUUCCUUUCCAUGUAAUUUGCCCACAUUAAUGGAAAUGGGGAGCAUGUUUUGGUAUCAUGCUAAUUUAUAUUAUAUAAAUCAACCUCUGUGGCUAUGGUGGGGGUUAUAUCCAUGUAUGUAUGUAUAGCUUCUUUCUCUCUUCUGGGAAGUGGAACCAAAGUUGCAAGUA